GAAGCCAUUUUAGGACACCAGCCCCCAACGUGUUGGAUCAUGGAGCGCCCUGAGGGAGAGAGAGUCGUUUUCUCAGAAAGUGAUUCAACAACCGUUUCAACGUCGGAAGAAAGGAGCUGCCAACCUUCCCAAAUAUUCGUUGACCAUGGUGCUGAAAUUAUAUGCGACAGCAGUACCGAUAUUGUGGUCGCCCGAGCCUCAGAAAUUCCGGUUUACCAAUGUGCUCCAACUGAUGUGGACAGCACCACAGUUGCUACCGAACCUAUUUCGGAAAGCUCACUGGAAAAGAAAGACAUGAGUAAAAGCCAGGAUAAACUUCCUCUUGAAAUUGAAAACCAGUUUAUAUUGCGUCUGCCUCCGGAACAUGCUUCUACUGUGAGGAACAUAAUACAUUCUCGACAUGUCACCAGGAAGGAUAAAAUUAAAAUUGACUUAGCUUCUGAUGAAUGCCGUGCAGUGGUUAAUGUAGAAGAUGUCUCACUAUCUGCUAAGCUGGUUGAUUUGCCUUGUGUUGUUGGAAGCCUAAAGACUUUUGAUAAAAAAACCUUUUAUAAAACAGCAGAUAUUUCCCAGAUGCUUGUGUGCAGUGCCGAAAGUGGUGACGUCCAAUCUUCUCUGGAAGGAUCAUCCUCUACUGAUCCUAGUGAAACCAGGAAUAAGGAAAGAGAGACAGAGAAAAAAUAUAUCUGGAAGCAUGGAAUUACUCCGCCACUUAAGAAUGUCAGAAAGAAAAGGUUUCGGAAAACACAAGAAAAAAAGUACAUUGACUCUCCAGAUGUGGAAAAGGAAGUGAAGAGAUUGCUGUGCUCUGAUAAUGAAGCUAUCAGUGGCCGAUGGGAAGUCAUUGCUGAUGAUGAAACCAAGGAAAUAGAAAGUCAAGGCUGCAUCCCAGGUUCUCCAGUAUCCCCAGGAGCCAGUGGUUAUAAGCAAGAGUAUGAUGGGCUUCAAGGGAUAUUCAGUGAUUCUAGUAGUAGCAAUCAUAAUAAUGAGGAUGAGAAUGAAGAGCAGGACGAGGAUGAUGAUGAUGAUGAUGAUGAUGAUGAUGAUGAUGAUGAUGAUGACGAGGACGACGAUGAAGAGGAAGAGGAAGAGGAGGAGGAAGAUGGCUUUGAAGAGUUUCUAGAAAGGGAUCUACAGGCCAAGAUUACUGAAUAUCGUCAGCAUGGAACAAAGGAAGGUGCCAAUUUAAUAGUUAUGGAAAUUCAGAAACAUAUUCGUUACAAGGAGAAAAAGCUCCGAGAUAUUCAAAACAAAGCACAGAGACAAAAGAAUAUAAUCAGAAAAGUGGAAAACCUGGCCCUCAAGACUCAUUUAAGGUCUGUGCUGGAGAAUCUUGCAGUACAGGAAAAACAAAAAAAUGCUCAGAUCACUUCCCUACAGAAACAGCUGAACCAUUUUCUACAGAAAUGAAGAGAGCUUUCAGCCUGGCAUAUCAACUGGAUUCACCAUCCAGACUGAAGACUGGAUAAAAUUGUGCAU